AUGCCUCAGCAGAAGAUUCGCAUAGUGCUAAAGGCUUUCGACCACAAGAUUCUGGACGUCUCCGCCACUCAGAUAGUGGAGGCAGCAGAGCGGACGGGGGCCGGCGUGGCCGGGCCCGUGCCGCUGCCCACAUCUAUCAAGAGGUUCUGUGUCAUUCGCUCCCCUCACGUGGACAAGGACUCCCGGGAGCACUUCGAGCUUCGCUCGCACAAGCGCCUCAUCGAUAUCCUAGACCCAAGCUCAAAGACAAUCGACGCGCUUACUCGGCUGAAUGUGCCGGCAGGCGUGGACAUCUCCAUAAAGCUGUAG